GAGCGUGGUUCCCCAAAGCAAAACGUUUUCCUUGAGUUUGAAAAUCAGAAGAUGGUGAUUACAGAACAACAGGUUACACAGAAUGAGAUUGAAACUCUCAAAUUGACAAACUCGGCGUUGAAUUUAGACAAUGAAGUUAAUACAGAGGAGGAGGAGAAUGCUUCUUGUUGUAUAAAUAAACAAGCUCUUUUAGAACUAACAAAGUCGGGUAUAUCGAACACGGAAAAAUACGGUAUGAAUUCAGCAUCAGAUGCAGCUUGCACAAGGAAAGAUUCAUUUCUCAAAGCGAGGACUACUUCAAUCAAUACGCAAAGAACUGUGGAUGACAAUUGCGAGAUAAAUCCCACAUUGUUUGACGUACCUUUGAUGUUUCCAAGACAACCAAACGCCGGCAUCUCGCUGCAAAAAGAACCCCCAGGGGAGAAAGAAAAUGAGAACGAACACUGUUUAGCUGACGUCACAAGCUACUCUACAGAGACCGGAAAAACAAGUUUAAAUGAUAAGUGGAAAAGAAAGCCAUCAGACAGAAGCAUGGCUGCCACCAGCAAUCAACAGUUUCACAUUGUGGCUAAAACGCAUCCCGACGGAGGAUGGGGCUGGGUCGUUUGUCUUGGUGCAUUUCUUGCUCAAUUUAUUGUGCUUGGAAUGCAAAACACGGCGGGUAUUGUUUACACGGAGCUUGUAAAGGAGUUGAAGUCUCCAAGAGGAGCUACAGGUGAGCCUUAUACCGCGCAACCUCGUUCCCACGGUCAACUUCUAUCCGAGAAGGCCGGAGAGGACCCUGUGAACGAGCAUGUGAUGUCCCGCUAGUGAAAUGACACCAAAAGUUCAAUUAUUCUGAGGAAAAAAAUAACCUGUGGUGGGAAGACCACAUCUCACAUCUCACAAAACGUGGCCUGGGUUCAAAUCAGACGAAGGAGUUCGUUGUCAGUUCUCUUCUCUGCUCUGAGAGUUUUUUCAGACCUUACUUCGUUUCUCCCCUCUCCUCAAAAACCAUCAUUGAGAGAUCCCCAUUCGAUCCAGAAUGGUAGACGAAGACCCCAUACAUGAAUAUGCUACCUGUAAAUCAAAAUUUAUAAUUAUUUAUUCAUUUGAUGUCCCUCCUUUUUUAUCCACAGCAUGGGUCGGGUCCCUAGCGACUGGUAUCAUGUUCUUUCUGGGGCCUUUGACCACCUCCCUUUGUGAAAGGUGUGGCUGCAGAAUUGUUAGCAUCUGCGGAGUUCUCAUUUGCAUAGCAGGACUGCUACUCUCCUCAAUAGUUACCACUCUUUUUCCUUUUUAUUUCACCUAUGGCCUGAUGUUUGGGACGGGGACAAGCCUCUGCUACUUUCCCACCAUUAUAGUUCUCUCCAAAUACUUCAAAAGGCGCAUAGCAGUCGUGAACGGCCUGGUAACGGCCGGAAGUGGAGUUGGGACAUUGGUGAUGGGACCCAGUGUGCAGGCCUUGUUUCUUCGUUUCGGCGUGGCGGACACGUUUCGCAUUGUGGCAGGAAUAUUCAUUCUGGUGUUAUUAUGCGGAGCAACGUUUCGCCCGGUUCCAACCAAGUACUCGCAGCACCACGACAGUCCUAAGGGAAGAGGGGCAAGGAGGAUAUUUGAAUGGAGCAUUUUCAAGAAUAGAGGAUAUGUUAUUUGGGUGAUAUCUUUAGCAACAUUUCAGCUUGGAUACUUUGUACCUUUCGUUCACCUGGUAAGUGGAUUAUUAGUUGUGUUUAAGUAAACCGUAGCUAAAACAACGUAAUAAAAGAAGGGAAAGGGCUAAUUAUCCCAUCCGGAGAAAGCAGAACUCUAUUCGUGCUGGAAAACACUUCAGAAACGUUUCCUCUACGAAGAAAAUGAAAUCUGAAGAGGCGCGUCAGGGAGCGAUAAGCUGUGGAAGGAGCUCAGUAGCUUGAUCCGUUUUCAGAUGAGAGUGAAAAUUUGUGCGACGGGACUAAAUUAUACUUUUGAUUUUUAGGUCAGACACGCUGAAGACCUCGGUGUCUCCCCGACAGAUGCUUCGUUUUUGAUCGGAUACUUAUCCGUGGCGUCGACGGCGGGCCGUCUAUUUUUCGGCAAAAUGGCCGAUCUUUCAUGUGUCAACAGAAUCCGUAUGUAUCAGAUGGGGGUCUUCAUGAUCGGAAUAUGCUCUUUCCUUGUUCCCUUGGCAACAGGUUACGUAGGACUGACAGCUUAUGCUGUUACCUUCGGCUUCUUUGAAGCAUGCUAUGUGCUCUUAAUUCCGCUGGUCACAAAUGACAUCGUUGGCCCAAACAAGAUGUCCUAUGCUCUUGGAAGCGCUUUCACAGUGAUGGCUUUCCCGAUGUUUUUAGGACCUCCUAUUGCAGGUUUGUACACUUUCUCGUAUAAGUAAAAAAGCUUUUUGGCAGCUGUUUCAUGCAUGGGAACAACUGGGACUUCAAAAAAAAUAGCCACUCGAGGGAGUGCAAGUUCAUGUAGCAACACCAAACUUGAGAAAAACAGCCGACAUUUUCGCGACGCCGCCAUUGGUUUCCCCGCGAAAUGACGUCUGAGAAACGAGCGCAGAAGAAAUUCCAUACUGAUGACGUGUUACUACCCAGAUCUGGGGUUAUGCUUCUGUUCUAUCGUGCCGCGAGCGAAAUUUGCUUCAACCAAUCAGAAGCACUAGUCACUUAAAUCUGGGUAGUGACACGUCAUCACUAUGGAAUUUCUGCAUGGCCAGUCGUUUUACAGACGCCAUUUCGCGGGAAACCGGUGGUAGCGUCGGGGAAAUGUCAGCUGUUUUCUCGGCUAGGCUACACUCUGCAAGCAGAACCUUUCUUUAACCUUGAAAAUAGUACCAAAACAGAAGACUUUUCUCCACUACUUAACUCUAAUUUUUUUUACUUAUUCAUUUUUAGUAAAUUAUCUCGAAUGAGUACCCCUUCCUGAAGCAAUAAAAAACUAACAAAGACGCCCCGGUGGCUAAUUAAUUCCAGCUCUUUUGGAAUGAUUUCUUUCCAGGAUGGAUGUACGAUGUGUUUGGAGAUUACGCUGGAGCAUUCUACGCUUGUGGUGGUAUAUCACUAAUUGCAGCAUUCCUCAUGUUUUUUGUCCCUCGAGUAUCCACAAAGAGAAAGGAAGACAGCGACCUUAAGCUUAGAAAGCUUUUAAAGAGGAGACAAGAUAGCAAAAGUCACUGGGAAUUCUUAAGGAUUUUGUUUGGCUGUCUAUGGAAAAAAGAUCUACCUGAAUCAAAGACAUUAAGCAACGUGCAAUACAGUGUUAUUAUAACAACAGAAGGGAAAGAAAACGUUUGA